AUGGAUUUUAACAGUAAAUACCUUCCAGCUUGCCAGCCCAGACAUAGUCAGCCUCAGCCACACGUGCAACUGAAGCCUAAAGGAGAAGACGAGUUUGACCUAGCAAUUCCUGAACCUGACUCUGAGACUGAGCUUGAAGCCUCCCUGUGCAGUAAUUGAGAUAUAAGCGAAGUCAGCCAGAAACGUUCUACAGAUACAACUUGUGCUAGCAGAAGAAACAAGUCUUUUGCUGGUACAAAAGGAAAUGGAGAUAAUGAGGCUUUACUCUAUAAAAACGAUACUGAGCGGGGUUUACACUGAUCUCUAAGGAAUGCAGUAAAAACUACUACAACUGAGUCAGUAUGAUGCUGAUCGGAAAGGAUGAAGAGAAGGCAUUCCAGCAUUGUUGAAGGAGAAGAUUAUGCACAAUUAAAGGCUCUUGAGAAAAGUCUUGAAGAUUUUGACACUUUUUCUCCAGUUGUCCUUCAUGGAAACCAUCCCGAAGAAGGUUUGAUAAGUUCAAGAUAUGAUGAAUCAGACGAACCUGACUCAGCAGAGAUUCAUAACUAUCCUUCUCAAACUCCACCGAAGAAGACUCCUGAUCGAUCUCCAUCUAAAAUGCACAUGAAGCUUAAUUAUGAAGACAACAAUGGGUUUCAUGAGCUCUCCAGCAUAUAUGAAAAAACAGAGGAAGAGCUCUGCACACCAGAUUGUGAAUUUAAACUGAACUACAGCAAUCUUCAAGACUACAAAUAAAGCAAGAAAGGAAAGAGAUAAUAAGCGGUUCCAUACCUUAAAAAGCAACCUAAACAACCAUCCUGAGUUUUACAGUAAGAAGCCUGGUAAAAAGCGGAACUCACAACAAAGGAAGAUCUCAAAGAAGCGAGCAGACUGCAUUUCUCAGCGCCUUUACAAAAGUCGUGAGUGUAGUCUUGAAAGGAAGUUAAAGAAUUCUAAAUCUUUCAAAGAAAUCAAUGAGCAGUCUCAGGCAAAACAAAGUUUAGACUCAAUAUCCAAAAAUAUCUUUAAAAAUAAGAGAAAGUCUUUGGUGAAGGAUUACAAACUUCCUGUCUACACUACAAAGCAGAGGAACCCAAAGCCGAAGAGAAAGAGUGUAUCAAAGCAAAAGGAAUACCUUAGCGGGAAUAAGAUUCUGAGCUCUCAUAAACCUCUAAAGAAUAAGCAGAAAGCGAAGCAAAAGAAAUUAAUACAUAAGAAGAUGUUACUAGAGAAGUUAAAGCUUCAAGCUUUAAAGCUUGAAAGUGAGAUUAGGAAUGAAGCACUCGAACUUAAAUCAAUGAGCCCUGAGAUUAAUGCAGUGUCUUCAAAAGCACAGAGAUAUAAACUCUCUCCGGAGUUCGCCAAAUCUCGUCAUCUCAGAACGGGAUCUAUGUUGAACCUUAGAAAUAGUGUUAUUUCGAAAGGAAGAGGAACAUCUUCUUUUGUCAGAAGAACCUCCAAGAUGACAAGAUCUAGUACUAUAAGCUCUUUGCAGUUUAUUAACAUUGCUAGUUCAAACUAGAAUACAUUCAGAGUCAAGAAAUAGAGAAAGUUCUCUAACAUUGACUGGUCAAUCUCAAUCCAUGAUAUUUCAAU